GUAUUGAAAGUGAUAAUACAGGUUUAAUAAUUCCUGUACCACCUGAUCCUACAGAAUUUCAAGGCCCUAUUCAUAAUUUGAAGCUUUAUAUUUCUAAACAUCCUGAAAAUUAUCAAACUCCUUAUUUACAUCUUCGAAUUAACAAUAAAUUUGCAUUUGGUAUUGACACCAAAAACCGUAGUAUUACUAACCAUUCUGGGAGAUCAACUUCGAUUACUGCUUUAUUUAGACAAGGGGUUCCUAUGUCCUCUUAUCGGGUUUAUGCAAGACCUUCUGGAAAAGAUAAGGAAGAUGCAUUAUCAAGCUUGAUCAAUAAUAUUGAGCUACCCUUAAAACAAGUUGACAACCAUAUUGAAAACUUAACUGCUACUCAAGAUAAUACGCAAGAUAAUCAAGCUAAACUUUUAGAAUCAAAGACUAAUUUGAAUUUGGCAUCAAAAUUGGCUAAUAAAGUAUUAAAUGAAUCGACCAGAAAAUGGAAAUCUGUAACGAAGCCUUUUCGUACACCACUAAAAAGUCUCUCUCAAUCAUCCGAACAGCAAAAUUUCCAAUCAUCUGAACAGCAAGAAUCAUAUGAACGUAGUUAUCAAACUUCAGAAGAUAGAAUGGAUAGAAAUAUGAUCGUAAAAAAUUAUUAUAUUACUGCAGAUAAUGUUACAAUCAAUUAA